AUGGGCGGAUUGACGUUUCCCAUCCUUGCUCAGUACACCACCCCUGUCUCGCAGGUGCUGCUGGCGCUAUGCGUGGUGCCUCUGGCGCUGACGGUGCGGCGAGAGGCGACGGUGAGUGUGUACAUCGUUCCGCCGGUGUUGGUGGUGCAGUCUCUGUGCGCAUUCCUACGCAGUUCGCUGCCCGCCAGCUUGCCCGGGUGGUUGCUCGAAUGGGUAUCGAUCCUCGCGCCACUUGCUGUCGCAUGGACUGUCAUCCGUCGACGAGACAAAUUGCUCUUCAUGCAGCAGGACUCGUUGAUCACGUCCAGCGAAGAGGCAGACAAAGUCGUCGACAAGAAAUCACGCGAGUUGCCGGCGACGCCGUUCCUUGUGCUGCUCAUCGCCUCGGCCGUCCUCAUCUCGUUCUUCCUACCCACCUCGAGCCUGAUCUACACCGUCAAGCGGUUGGCGGAUCAAGAACCGUGGCAAGGGUCGUACCUCCUCGCCCUCCGAGUCCACGCCGCCAUCCUAGCCCCCAUCAUCGACAUCUACACCUUCCUCCCGCAGUACCUGCUCCUCCUCUCGCUCCACGCCAUCUUGCCCAUCCCCGCCCAACAGAAGCUCCUCUGUGGACCCAUCACCCGGCGCGAGGCAGAGUCCAUCGGACGCAACGGAGAGUGGAGCGUGUGGACCUGGUUGAUCCUCUCCCAGCUCGGUCUGCUGGCAAGACUGCCCGGCCUCGCAGAGAUCGCGAUGCUCACCCAGGCCGAUGAACAGGACGCGUGGAUGAUGCAGAUCGCCUUCGGUUGCGUGACGCCCAUCCUGUUUGUGUUGUUCCUGUUGGUCAUUUGGUUGGCACCCAGGCGCCAUUGA